AUGCUUCUUCUUCCCAUAAUAGCUUUCGCCUCUAUCGCUGCUGCGAAGACCUGCUCCUAUAGCUUGAAGGGCUCUAUCGUCGAUGACCCGAUUAUGGGUUGGACGGCCUCGGCUGAGCUGGACGACAAACUCGGCAUAUAUCCCAACAAGGUCCUCUGCGGGAACGGCUCCGGUAACAGCAUGCUAAAGCAGAAUGAUAAGAAAGAAUGGACUAUCGGAUGUCAGCAGGGAUUCGAACUGACCCUCAGCGAGAGAGGAAACCAUGUCACGUUUAAGAAUGGUGCUUUGACUUACGAGUGGAGUACUGGUGCCAAACCUGACAAACAGGACUGCUAUGGUGCCUGUCAGGACAAGGGUGGCAUAUGUGUGAAAUGUACUGAGUACGAUUUCACCUCUGAGGGAGGGUGUCAGUAG